AGUGGGAUAUUUUCUUUGGAGAGAUACACAACGAUGCUUCUCUACUAAAUCCACUUCUCUCUUUUCCGGCAAAAGCUUCCGCCGACUACUACGACUGAGGUUUGCUUUGGUUGCGUAAAUUUAUCGAAUCGGUUAUUGUUUCUUUGUUUGAUGAUGGAUACUACUUCUUCUGACGGUUCUUCAACAUUUUCUACAUGUUGUUCUGUGAUUGUUGGCGAUAAGAGAAAGAGGAACGAGUAUGGUGACAGUUGCAAUGCUAGUAAUCGCGGUGCUUUACCUAACAAUACAAGAGGGUCUAGUGAUAAUGGAUAUGCAGGCAGGGGAGAAGAUUCUGCGGCACAACCAAAGAUUUCUGAAUGUGGUGUUGGUCCAAAGUUUAACGACUUUGAUGAGCUGAGGGAAGAAGUUUACUUUGCACUUGGUCAGACCUGGGCUAUUUAUGAUACAGCAGAUGGGAUGCCUAGAUUGUAUGCUCGGAUCACGAAACUUUCAGCUCCUUCCUUUGGGCUUAGGAUUACGUAUCUAGAACCGGAACCAGAUCAUGAGAAAGAAAUACUAUGGUUUGACGAAGGCUUGCCUGUUUCUGUUGGUAAGUUCAGGUUUGGGAAAAAUCAGAACACAAAAGAUCGUUCCAUAUUCUCUCAUGUAAUCUGCUGCGGAGAAAUUUACAAUGAAGUAAGCAAGAAAGGUCAUUUCAUUGUUUCCCCAUUAAAAGGCGAGACUUGGGCUCUGUUCAAGAACUGGGACAUUAACUGGUCUUCAGAGCCAGAUUCUCACCGCAAAUUUGAGUAUGACUUUGUUGAGAUUUUGUCAAAUUACACUGAUGGAGCUGGUGUAUCUGUUGCGUUUUUGCAUAAAGCAAAAGGGUUUGCAAGUGUCUUCUUUCGGAUGGGAACUGGUGAUGCACACAUAUCUCGGAUUCCGCCUGACGGUUUAUAUCGGUUCUCCCACAGGAUUCCUUCCUUCAAACUCACUGAAAUGGGAGGAAAAUAUGCUUACGAGCUGGACCAAGCUGCAUUACCUGAAACUAUCAAAGAGUCAAUCGUCCCUUCACAUCUAUUAAGAGUGCUUGCCGCUUUGAAGCCUAAACCAGAAGCUGUAUUACCUAAACCUAUCAAAGAGAUAAUAGUCCCUCCAGAAGUAUUAGCAGUGCCUACCGCUUUGAAGUCUAAACCAGAAGUUCUCUGCUUUCUUUGUAAGGGAAAGGUUUUUCAAACUGGCCAGAUCUGGUCAUAUUACAGUAAUAAUUGGAACUUACCUGUGUACUAUGGUAGGAUUAAAAAGAUCACUUUUAGUCAGUCAUUCGGGCAGGCAACAGUAUUUAAACUACACGUAACUCGGUUAAAGCCUGUUCCUUUCUGCAAGAGAAUGCCUAUUAGUUGUGGAACUUUCUUGGUUGGGAAAGGUACCAAAGUCAUCGAUCCUGAUGAUGUUUCAUAUCAGAUAGUGCCUCAAACCGUCAUGGAUGGAAAUAAAUAUACCAUUCAUCCCAAGAUUGGCGAUGUUUGGGCCAUAUACACAAUCUUGUCUCAUCACACUGAUGAGGACUUGGAAAGAUGGUAUGAUUAUGAAAUUGUCGAAGUCCUUGAUGACGCCUUGGACUAUAAGGUUUUAGCGUUGGAGCCUGCGUUGUUUGUUAAUGAAGAUGAAGGAAAAACAAAAUUCUUGCGAGCAGCUGAGCGCAGGCAACAUGAUUUGGAGAAUGAGUCAGAAGUGGUAUUUACAAUCCCUAAGUCGAAAAACCGCAAAUUCUCACAUAAGAUUCCUGUUUCCCGAGUAACCAAGGAGAUAGACGGAGAUUUGAAAGAGCUUUUUGAAGUUCUUGAUUCUAAAGCAUUACCUUCAAUGGCCGAAGAGGAAAGUGAGUGAAGGAUUCCUUUUUGUUAGCUUUUGGUGCAUUUUGUCAAAAGGUUUGUUCUUUGGUUUAAGAUGUAAGACCUGAACCUUAUUUAGACUUUCUCCAUGGAUUUAAAAAGCAUGUGCUUCUUUUGUUGGUUCGAAAUCUGUGGAAAAUCAUGUAUUUUGAAAAGGUAGGAGAAUACUUGUUUUUUGCUUUCUUUUGUUGGUCAAGAGGGUAACCAGUGGUUAUGUAUUAGGAUGAGAAAUGGACUGAACUUUCUCCAUUUUUAGUA